GCUGUCGUACACGGACGACACGGCCAUGAGCAGGUCGGUGGUGCAGUCCCUGCUGGCCAAGGGGGAGUUCGAUGAAGUUGAUAUGGCCAAGAGGUUUGCUGAGGAGUACAAGAAGGAACCCAACAGGGGCUAUGGGAUGGCUGUUGUCAAUGUCUUCAAGAAGCUCUUGAGCCCCAAGUGCAACGAUGUCUUUGAACCAGCAAGAGCCCAGUUUAACGGGAAGGGCUCCUAUGGCAAUGGUGGUGCCAUGAGGGUGGCGGGCAUCUCUCUCGCCUAUUCCGAUGUCCAGGAUGUCAAGAAGUUUGCAAAGCUGAGUGCUGAACUGACCCACGCCAACUCCCUGGGCUACAACGGAGCCAUCCUGCAGGCCCUGGCUGUGCAUCUUGCCCUGCAGGGAGAGCUCAGCAAAGAGACCUUCCUGGAGCAGCUCAUCAGCCACAUGGAAGAUGUAGAGGCAGACGAUAAGUCUCUUACUGACGCACGAGCGCUAGGAUUUGAAGAUUUACCCUUUUCAAGGCGCCUAAAGAAAAUAAAGGAAUUCUUGGAACUCAGCAGUGUUCCCAAAGCAGAUGUAUUGUUUGAAUUGGGCAACGGCAUCGCUGCUUUGCGCUCUGUCCCUACGGCGAUUUACUCCUUCCUGCGCUGCAUGGAGGCUGAUCCGGACAUCCCUGAUCACUACAGCAACCUGCAGAGGACCAUCAUCUACUGUAUCUCUCUGGGUGGAGACACAGACACCAUUGCUACCAUGGCAGGAGCUAUUGCAGGGGCUUACUAUGGGGAGGAACAGAUCCCCCCAAGUUGGGAGCAGAGCUGUGAAGCUUUUCAAGAGACACAGAAGCUGGCAAAUAGCAUGUAUGAACUCUACUGCCAGCGGCUCUGA